GUGAGACGGGGAGUCUGUCCGCCAUUGUGGACCCAAGGAGCGGAGUGCGAGAGAGAAGAGGAACGAGUAAGCGGAAAGCAGGAGUUCCCCUCCUCCGUUUCCCCAGUGCAAGCCUUCUUUCUUCCUGGCCUCGCAGCCAGCGGCGGCGAUAGGGACAAUCACUUGGCGGAGGGCGGCGGCCGACGGCUGGGAGUGCACGGGGAGAGGCCCAGGAGGCGGCGGCGGCGGCGGCGGCGGCGGCGGCAUCAGCAGCAGCAGCUCUUGGGUUGUGGUGAAGAAUGUCAGCCACUAGCGUGGAUCAGAGACCUAAAGGGCAAGGAAAUAAAGUUUCAGUACAAAAUGGUUCGAUUCAUCAGAAAGAUGCUGUGAAUGAUGAUGAUUUUGAGCCAUACCUAAGUAGCCAGACAAAUCAGAGUAACAGCUAUCCACCAAUGUCAGAUCCAUACAUGCCUAGUUAUUAUGCUCCAUCCAUUGGAUUUCCGUAUUCUCUUGGUGAAGCAGCAUGGUCUACAGCUGGAGACCCACCUAUGCCAUAUUUGACAACCUAUGGACAAAUGAGCAAUGGUGAACAUCAUUAUAUACCUGAUGGUGUGUUUAGUCAACCUGGGGCUUUAGGAAAUACUCCUCCAUUCCUUGGUCAGCAUGGAUUUAACUUUUUUCCUGGGAAUGCAGAUUUCUCUACUUGGGGGACAAGUGGAUCUCAGGGACAAUCAACACAAAGUUCUGCUUAUAGUAGCAGCUAUGGUUAUCCACCUAGCUCUCUUGGGAGAGCUAUAACUGAUGGACAAGCUGGAUUUGGCAAUGAUACUUUGAGUAAGGUGCCUGGCAUUAGUAGUAUCGAGCAAGGUAUGACUGGACUGAAAAUUGGUGGUGAUAUGACAGCUGCUGUGACAAAAACUGUAGGUUCCGCUUUGAGCAGUACAGGUAUGACAAGCAUUGCAGCAAAUAGUGUACCCCCAGUUAGCAGUUCAGCACCAAAACCAACCUCUUGGGCUGCCAUUGCCAGAAAGCCUGCCAAACCUCAACCGAAACUUAAACCUAAGGGCAAUGUGGGAAUUGGGGGACCUGCUGUACCACCACCUCCUAUAAAACAUAACAUGAAUAUUGGAACUUGGGAUGACAAAGGGUCAGUGGUAAAAGCUCCACCUACCCAACCAGUUCUGCCUCCUCAGACUAUAAUCCAGCAGCCUCAGCCAUUAAUUCAACCACCACCAUUGGUGCAAAGCCAACUGCCUCAACAGCAGCCUCAGCCACCACAACCACAGCAGCAACAAGGACCUCAGCCACAGGCCCAGCCUCACCAAGUACAGCAGCAGCCGCCACCGCCGCAGCUGCAAAAUCGUUGGGUAGCUCCUCGUAACAGAGGAGUAGGUUUCAACCAGAACAAUGGAGCAGGCAGUGAAAACUUUGGUUUAGGUGUUGUUCCUGUCAGCUCUUCACCAUCUGGAGUAGAGGUUCACCCAGUGCUGGAAAAACUAAAGGCCAUAAGUAACUAUAAUCCCAAAGACUUUGAUUGGAACCUGAAGAAUGGACGUGUGUUUAUAAUCAAAAGCUAUUCUGAGGACGAUAUACAUCGUUCCAUUAAGUACUCUAUCUGGUGUAGUACUGAACAUGGUAAUAAGCGUUUGGAUGCAGCUUACCGUUCUCUGAAUGGCAAAGGUCCGCUCUAUUUACUCUUCAGUGUGAAUGGUAGUGGACACUUUUGUGGAGUGGCUGAGAUGAAGUCUGUUGUGGACUACAAUGCAUAUGCUGGAGUCUGGUCUCAGGAUAAGUGGAAGGGCAAAUUUGAUGUUAAAUGGAUCUUUGUCAAAGACGUUCCCAAUAACCAAUUGCGGCAUAUCCGUUUGGAAAAUAAUGACAACAAACCAGUUACAAAUUCAAGGGACACUCAAGAGGUACCCCUAGAAAAAGCUAAGCAAGUGCUUAAAAUAAUUGCUACUUUCAAGCAUACCACCUCAAUCUUUGAUGACUUUGCACAUUAUGAAAAGCGUCAAGAGGAGGAGGAAGCCAUGCGUAGGGGGAGAGCUGCUCUGAGAGUUCAAGGAGAAUUUCUCCCCUUCAAGGAGUUUCUCAAGCAUUUACCUCAUGGUCCCCCUCAAGCCAAGACCGUAUCGGGGUUCCCCCAUCAAUUGUACUGAUCUGAGUUCAAAAAUGUAUUAAAAGUUGUU